UUAUUAAAAUUUAAGGAGUCGCCUGUUUUUAACAUUACUUGUCGCGGGCAAUUUUACGUACCUAAAACGAUAGAUUACCAAAAUUUGCUAUAGGAAUGUUUGAUGAUAUUGAAAAUAAAACUUUUUAUUCUUAAACUUAUCAAUACAUCCAGACCUGCACAUAAUGGAUAAAGAAGGAAGCACAACAUUGCCUUACAAUGAUAUUGUGAUUAAACUUGAGGUCUGUGAUGAUACUGAACUAGAUGUCCCACCUGAAGAUACAACCUCUGAAACUGUUGAAAAAAAUAUUGCAUUAUCAACAUUGGCUGACAAGAAAGCAAAUAAUAAAUUUGGAUUUUCAAACAGUGAGAACAUCGAAACUGGAGUUGUAGCGGAAAAUUCAACAACCGUCAAUGCCAGUCAAGAUUCAUUACCAUUGCGAUCAAUUGGCAAAAACCCAACACCGUAUGUUUUAAAAGUUAAGCUCACUCCUUCAGUCACAUCGAGCAUAAAUGCACAUUUUCAAGACAUAAAAACAGAGAUGUUCAGUGAUCUAUCAGAGCUCACCUCAAUGCAUACAAAUACCAUUGACGGUUUGUCUAUAGGGCAGCAUGAUAAAUCAACAGAUCAUUCAGCUUUAGGAGAUACACAACUCUCAGAGUUGAACAAAGAAGGAAAUGCAACUUUAUUAAGUGAAAUUUUGAUUAAACGUGAGAUAUUUGAGGACAUUAAGCCUGAAGUUUUAACUGAAUUCUCAAGUAAUGAAGAGGCAAAACAAAGUGUAUCACCAACAUCUGAAGAUAAAAAACCAUUUGAUUUAAUUGAAAAUCAAAACAGUGAAGACCCUCGAGCUAUAGAUUCAACAUCAAAACAACUUAGCUUUUCCAAUAAACAAUCAGUAAAUCAGGUAAAUACAAAUUAUAUAAUAGAAAAGCCAUAUGAGUGUGAUUUGUGCUUUAAAAGAUUUCCUGGAGCUGGUAAUUUGUACCAGCAUAAAAAAAUUCACACUGGAGAGAAACCACAUGAGUGUGAUAUAUGUCUCAAAACGUUUAGUUUCAGUAAUACUUUAGCCAGACAUAAAAGAACCCAUACAGGAGAAAAACCAUACAAAUGUGAAUUAUGCCCUAAAACGUUUGCUCGCAGUGGUGGCUUAUCUGCACAUAGAACCAGUCACUCAGGAGAAAAACCAUACAAGUGUGAAAUAUGCCAUAAGAGCUUUGCUGUUAGCAGUGGGUUAGCGUACCAUAGAGUUGUUCAUACAGGAGAGAGACCUUAUGAGUGUGAAGUGUGUCACAAAAGGUUUCCGGCUAGACGUAAUUUAUAUUCUCAUCAUAGAGUUCAUCUAGGAGAGAGGCCAUUUGAGUGUGGAGUAUGUCUAAAAAAAUUUGCAACCAAAGGUAGCUUAGCAGAGCACGCAGAUAUCCACACAGGACGUAAACAAGAAUGUGGUGUAUGCCACAAAAAGUUUUCUUCUAAGACUUGCUUAAGCAGACAUAGUAAACUUCAUACAGGGGAGAAUCUUCAUGAGUGUGAUGUAUGUAACAAGCUAUUUACCCGAUUGAGUGGCUUAUUAUAUCACAAAACAACUCACUUUAAUGAAAAACCGCAUGAAUGUGAUGUUUGUUUUAGAAAGUUUUCUCGACUGAGUGGUUUAAUAUGUCAUAAAACUACUCAUUCAGGUGAGAAACCACAUAAAUGUGAUGUGUGUCAUAAAUCAUUUGUUGGUAGCAGUGGUUUAGAAUAUCAUAAAACUACUCACACAGGAGAGAAACGAUAUGAGUGUGAUGUGUGUCACAAAAAGUUCCCUGCUAAAGUUAAUCUAACUUCCCACAAAAAAAUCCACUUGAAAGAUAAACCAUAUGAGUGUGGGGUUUGUCAUAAGAAGUUUACUUACAAAAGUAGCUUAGAUUCUCAUGCAAAUAUUCACGCUGGACUUAAAUAUGAAUGUGAUGUGUGUCUUAAACAGCUGUCUUCCAUGGGCUGCUUAAGGAAACACAGAAAAACUCACUUAGGAGUUAAACUGCAUGAGUGUGACUUGUGUCUUAAGAAAUUUUCUCGCAGUGCUCAUUUAACACAAUUCAUUGUUCCUAUGCUACGGAACACAGCAGUGUUUGCAAGCAAGAUUUGCUGCCAUCUUUAUGAAUUCAUCGAUCUAGAGCUGAAGAGAAUGAAUACAAAAAGAAACUUGACAGCAACACAGAGUGCCUUGUCAUCUGAGGUUGAUACUAACCUGGAUAAAAUGGCAUUAAAUAAUGACAGACCACAGAACAUUCCCAGCACUUUUAUCAGACCGUCAUCAAUGAUAUCUUCGUCAGUUAAAAGUUUUCAUCAAAUUAAAACAGAGAUAUUCAGUGAUUUAAACGAGCUCAAGAGUGUUUUAAAAACUCACCAUCCACCGUCAGUAAAACAUGAAUGUUUGAAAUGUCAUCAAUUAUUUUCUUCCUGGGAUUCUUUGUACAAACAUAAGAAAAUCCAUUCAAGAGUAAAACCUCACUCAGGACUGAAACCACAUGAGUGUGAUGUUUGUCACAAAAAAUUUCGCACUCGGUGUUAUUUAGCCAGUCAUAGAAACAUUCAUUCAGGAGAGAAGCCGUAUCAGUGUGAUACAUGUCACAAAAGGCUUGGUAAUACAAGUCAGGUAGCAUAUCAUAAAAAACUUCAUGCAGGAGUGAAACCACAUGAAUGUGAUGUGUGUCACAAAAAAUUUAUUGAAAAAAGCCAAUUAGUAACUCAUAAAAGGAUUCACACGGGAAAGAAACCAUGUGAAUGUGAUGUGUGUCACAAAAAAUUUAUUGAAUAUCGCCAAUUAGUAAAUCAUAAAAGGAUUCACUCAGGAGAGGAACCACUAGCGUGUGAUGUGUGUCAUAGGGUGUUUCGUCAAAAGAGUGGAUUAAUAGUACAUAAAAAAACUCAUACAAAAAAGAAACUACAUGAGUGUAGUGUGUGUCAUAAAAUGUUUGUAAGUAAAAGAAAUUUAAUAGAACAUACAGAUACUCAUACAGGACAUGGAUAUCAAUGUGAUUUGUGUUAUAAAAUUCUUUCUAGUAAGCGCAGUUUAAACAUACAUAGAACCAAAAUUCAUUCAGAACAUUAUUCUGAAAAGACACCAAAUAAUUGUGAUGUGUGUCCGAAAAAAGUUGCUCUUAAAAGUAGGUUAGUGAAGCAUAAGGAAAUGUAUUGUGAUAAACCCCAUAAAUGUGAAUUUUGUCACAAAACGUUUUAUACUUUGAUACAGUUAACAUUCCACAGUAGAACUCACACAGUAAAGAAGCCACAUGAAUGUAAUGUGUGUCACAGAAAAUUUCGUUUUCUCCUUCAAUUAACUGAUCAUUAUAAAACUCAUUCACAAGUGAAAAAACACGAGUGUCAAGUUUGUAAUGAAAUAUUUUCAACUAGAAAGCUUUUAAGCAAUCAUCGUCAAACCCACCUAGAAGUUAAACGUUAUGAGUGUGAUGUUUGUAAUGAAAUAUUUUCAACUAGAAAUCGUUUAAUCAAACAUAGCCAAACCCACCCAGAGUGUGAUGUGUGUCAGGAAAAGUUUCAAUUUCAGUGGUAUUUAACUGAACAUCUUAAAACCCAUUCAGAUGAGAAACCAUUUCAGUGUGAUGUAGAUCACAAAAAAUUUGCUGCUUAAAAGAACUUGUCACGUCAUGUCGUAAUUCACACCGGGCCAUUAUAAAACAUGAAAGUGUUGUGUUUGGAAAAACUGUAUUUCUCAUGUUGAAAAAACUUUAGCUUGUUAACUCAACCUUUCUCUUUAUCACAUCAUUAAUUUACCCACUCCGUCAUUUCAAUCAAUGUUAACUAAUGUUCUGAUGUAUAUAUGUUUAAAAAGUAUUUAGAGUGAAGAGAAAUUCAUGAUCUGGUUUCAUGCACACAAAACAUAGUGUGAUAUAAACCAUCUGUAGUCAAGUAGCAGCAUGGAGAAGCAGGCUGCUGUAAAGAUGUGGGCCAAGCAAAAGGGAAAAGUAACACUUGGUGGAAAUGUAGGGGUAAACCUACCCAAGCAAAGAUAGGGCUUGUAAGUCUAUGGUCUCGAAAUCUACUAGCUGCAUAGUACGAGAAAUUGUGACUUAUUUAAAAGCCCUGUUGCCAAGUUACAAAAAAAUAUUUCACAAAGACGUUGUGCUCCAGCUCCUAUUUUAAAAAUAUAUUUUACAUUUUUAUAAGGGAUAUUUAUGCCUAUGUGCACACAAAGUAUUAUAUCUGUAAAAUUGUUCUUUUUAAAGAAAGUAGUUUUGAACUUAGUUAAUUGCCCCCUUUAUUGCCUUAAGAAAUCAUAGACAUGUUUAAGUCUUAUAAAAUGUCAUUUCUAUUUGUACAUUAAUACUAUGAUUAGUUUUUUUGAAUAUUGAGAUUUAAUACUCAAUAGAGUAUUUUAAUUUUUGGAUAUACUUGUUGUAAGCAUGUCGUGACAGAACUUUCUAGGCAAUGUGAGCUUUGCAGUUUAUAUAAAAUUUGUUUUUCCAUGUCUUCCUGCAGAUUAUGUUUUUAUUUUCUUUUCUUCGUCUACCUCCAUAUGUGUUCUAUGGGAAUGCUUAUUAUAUGAAAAAAUGGGUUGUUUGUUUCUUGAAUGUAUGGCCAUGUCAUUGAUACGUUCUUUAGACUUUAUUAUGUAUUUUUGGAAACUUUAAAAAAUAAUAAUAAUAUAAACUCGUACUAGUUAUGCCAUGUGUACUUAUAUUUUCAGUGAUAAAAAAUGGUAACCAAGUUGUUUUUGGCUCUUUGAAAUUUUUUUUGUUUAGUUAUCGAAGAUUUUUAAAAAUCAAAUAGUUCGAGUUUUGAAAUUAAAAAAAAACAUAUUUUUAGUUUUUUUUUUAAGUAAAACAAGUUAAAACACGUUAUUUGUGUGAGUGCUAUAAGUCUGUUUUGAAACAUAUGUCUGUUUUAGUAUAUGUCUGCCAUAAUACUCGCUAUUAGUAAGUCGGUCUAAGGAAUAUGAAGCAUGAAAGGUUUGUAUGUGUAAUAGUUUCUCGCGUUAUGUUUAUUUUUAUGUAUUUUUGUAUUUAUAUUUUUAGUUUU